UAAGCAUUAAAUGUCGUUUCUCUUUUACAGAGAAACUCAGUUGUGCUUUUAAUCAACACUCAUCCUGAAAUAGUCUUAUAAAACGACAUUUCUUGACAAAUUGAAGACGAAGAUGUCUAAACUAAGGUUCACCUUUGAAGUAAAACCCUCUCAAGAUGGAAAAUCAAAUCACAUUGCCGUAACUUCUAUCAACACUGAAGAUGGCAGAAUAUUUUUGAUACCAGAAGAUUUUCAAGUGGCAUUCUUCCAUAAAGAAAUCUGUGCUACAAAGAAUUUUACAAUAAUCAAGAAUACCUUAAAACGAAGACAUCAAUACAGGAAUGUUUGGAUAGCCUUAACAGAAGAUAUUAAAAAAACCUACUUCGAUGAAGACGGUAACAUGGUUUUCAUGGAUAUGUACUUAGAUGAAGCAAAUCAACAAAUAAGCAAUUGUUCAUCUAACACUACCCAAAUAUUGGAUGAAAGCAAUCCUAUGGUCAAAAUCUUGGAAAAACUGGUGAAAAAUCAAGAGAAACAGAAGAAACAGAAUGUGAGGCAAGCAGCCGAGAGAUUUGUUCUUGAAAAAUAUGAUGGUAGAACUACAGAUUCAUAUCAAUGGCUUGAAGUUUUUGAAAAAGAAUGCGAUAGAUUUGAAAUAACUGAUGAUAGGGAAAAAAUUGAGAUAUUCAGAUUGUUUCUGGAGAAAUCAUGUGUGGACUGGUAUAAUUCCAUGAUGAUAAAACUAACAUUUGAUUCUGAAUGGUCAGAUUGGAGGAAAAAUUUUUGCCAAACUUACGCUAACAAGGGCUGGUCUGCUAGUAGGUAUGCGAUAUUUUUUAAAUACCAAACUGGCUCUCUACUGGAAUAUGCUGUGAAAAAAGAAAAACUAAUACUAGAGGUAAGAAAAAAAGUUGACCAGGGAACUCUAAUAGACUUAAUCGCUGCUGGCCUGCCCAAUUUCAUUGUGGAUAGGAUUAACAGAGAGGAAAUUUUGGAAACACAAGAUUUGUUCAAUGAAAUUGGGAGGUUAGAACAUCUUGUCAAGAAUAGAACAUUGAAACAAAAAUCUGAUGCAAAACCAAACCCAGAAAAGAAACAUAAAUGUAGCAUUUGUGAGAAACUGAAAAAGGGAGUUCGUUAUCAUUUAGAAUCUUCUUGUUGGUUCAAUGAAAAGGACAAACGAUCAAAUCAAAAAAAUCAAAUCAAAAUUGUUAAUAACUCAGAAAUAGAAUGCGAACUUCAAGAUGAGGAUCCAAAAAACUUGUAG